AUGAAGAGAAUACCAAGAGAGCCCUACGCCUAUUUUAAAGCCCCACAAGUGACUGCUGGCGGCGGGGAGCAGCAGACGGUUCCCCCACGGCACUCGGCCUGCCCGGGGAGCGCCUCGCCGCGCGGCCCCCCGCUCCGCCCCAGCCGGCGGCGCUCGGCGCCCAAAGGCUGCUCCAAGCCAGCACGGCCCCUCCGCGGGCGCCCAGCAGCUCUAAGCCCCACCGAAGGGCCCGAGGCCGCGGCCCUGGGCCCUCCCCGCCGCGCCCAGGCCGGCGGCACCCCACACCCGCGGCGCGGCCCGGCCCGGACUCAGGGCUCCGCGCACGAGGAGCUCGCCGACGCGCACCAGGCCACACGGCCCCGCCGGGCUCCGACCCCGCGCCGCCCGAGAAGCGCCCGGAGCCCCCGCGAGGAGGGGGAAGGCGCCAGGCCCACGCCGCCGCGGAAGGGCCCCGAGCGAGGCGUCGGCCCCCCGGAACUCUGCCGGAAGAAGGCCGCGGCGCCGCUGUACCCGACGUACCUCGGCAAGAGCGUCACCCCGCCACAGGCCCCGGGCUGCCUACGCUCAGGCGGGAAAGCCACCGCUCGCCACCAUCACCUACGCUCCAAGAUGGCGGACAUAUCAGCGCCUGCGAGCCCUCCUCUCCCUCCGCCCCGCCUGCCAAUCAUACCGCCCCGGCACCGCCCCGCGCCUUUCCUAUUGGGCGGUGUGCGCGACUCGGUCUCUCAUUGGCAGUCUCCUCGCCGUCAGUCACCCGGUGGGAACGCUUCUGUGGGCUUAAGCGGGAAUGGGGGCGGGCCGUCGAUUUCCUGCUAGCCAGUCGGAGCACGAGAAGGGUGCAUCUCUCUUCCCACCUUCCCGACUUAGCAACAGGGGAACGUCACCGUGACAGGCGUUCCCGUUGCCCAAUCGGAAGAGCGGAGGCGUCUUAAAAAAUAAUAAACUCUCGCGGUCCAAUCCGGAGCCGAGGCGCUCGGAGCCGGCAGGCGGCCGCGGAGGGAGGGGCCUCUGAUGGCGCUCUCCCUUCGGCCUCGCCCCCCGCUCCUCGGCAUUGGCCGCUGCGCGCAGCCACGCCUCCGGGGCGCCGCACGGGCGCCAAACUGCCUGACAACAACUGCGGGGCUGAGAGAGAGAGAGAGAAAAAAAAACUUUGAAGAAUGUUAAUGAUUUAGCCCAACAGCUCAUUAGCACCGUGAAAGCAGCUUUAAGAAGAGGGGAGAAGCAUUUCUGAACAACGACUUCAUGGUUUUGCUGCUGAGGGGGAACGUGGAUGCUUGGCUGUACCAAACCCACCAGUUAAUCCAGUUAGUUGAAACAAAAUGUUCAAGUUCAGUCUUCUAAUCUCAUUUCCAACGCUGAUCCUAUUAGCAUUUCUAAGGAAAAGCUGCUGGGGACUGAGAUGGGACCUCCACACCACCCCCUGUGGAAAGGGCAGGUUUGGGAUCACGGAAGGCAACAGAGGAGCCAGCGUGCACUGUGUUGAACCCAAAAACACCUGCAAACCAACCUGCUGUUUUGGUGCUGGCCAACGGACUCCGUUUUGCCCCUCCACAUCAAUCUCCAGAAAACACGUACAACUUUACUGUUGAGAUUUCAAUCCUUUUUCAUUUAGUUGAACGUCGUCAACGUGCUUACAGAUCAACCUUGAAGGACAUACGGGCAUCCACACGGGCAUGGUCUGACCAAAACUGCCCAUAAAUAAAAUCUGCCAAGACGU